CCAGUCGCGAGGUUCCCGCAGGUUGAAGCAUGGAGGAGUUAGCCAGAGAGAGCAUUAACCUGCUGGCUUCAGCCUCUUCAAAGCCCCCGCUGGAUGUAGUGGCCGGGCCUCGGCUCGGUUCUAUGGGAGCCAUUUUCAUCAUGCUGAAAUCUGCACUCGGAGCCGGACUUCUCAACUUCCCCUGGGCCUUCGCGAGAGCCGGGGGCAUCCGCAGCGCAGUCACCGUGGAACUGGUCUCUCUCGUGUUCCUGGUUAGUGGUCUGAUCAUCCUUGGUUACUCCUCGUCCAUCAGUGGCCAGUGCACGUACCAGGCGGUUGUGAAGGAGGUGUGUGGGCCAGCCAUUGGUCAGCUGUGUGAGAUCUGCUUCGUCUUCAACCUCUUCAUGAUCUCUGUGGCCUUUCUGGUUAUAGCAGAUGACCAGCUGGAGAAGUUGAGUGGCUCCCUGUACAAGCUGGUGACUGGCUUGCCGGAGUCAGAGAUGCCGUAUCACUUCUACACAGACCAGCGCUUCGCCCUAACGCUGCUCUGCAUCCUCCUCAUUCUGCCUAUGUCCAUCCCCAAAGAAAUCAGCAUUCAGAAAUACAUCAGUGUUCUGGGUACUCUGGCUGCGACCUACCUGACCAUUGCCAUCAUCAUCAAAUAUCACACCGCGCCUCAUGUUCUGAUUUAUGCGACCCCUCUUUACACCAGUGGGAUCAGCUCCUGGGCCUCCAUGUUUAGCGUCAUCCCCACCAUCUGCUUUGGUUUCCAAUGCCAUGAGGCGUCCAUUGCCAUCUACAGCAGCAUGGAGAACCAGCGGCUCUCUCAUUGGGUCUUCAUCUCUGUGGUCUCCAUGAUCUUCUGUCUUAUUAUCUACUCCCUCACAGGGGUUUAUGGGUACCUGACAUUUGGAAAGGAUGUGAAGGCUGACAUUCUAAUGUCAUACACCGGUGAUGACAUUCUGAUGCUCAUCGCGCGGCUGCUGUUCGGAGUCUCUAUCAUCACCAUCUAUCCCAUUAUCCUGCUGCUGGGCAGAUCUGUGAUCCAGGACCCUCUGCUAAGUUGGCGGCGGCGAUGUGGUAACGCGGCGACAGCGGAGUUUGAAAGCCGCAGCCGUUACGUGCUAACAGUCCUGUGGAUAACUGUGACGCUGCUCAUUGCCACGUGCAUACCAGACAUCAGCAAGGUCAUCAGCAUCAUGGGAGGCAUCAGCGCCAUCUUCAUCUUCAUCUUUCCAGGACUCUGCUUGAUAUUUGCAAUGCAGUCUGAGCUGGUCUCCUGGAAGACUAGAAUUAAAGAUUGUUUAUUGGGUAUUUUCUCCCAGGCUGGUGAGAGCAGUAAUUGUCAACAAAAUGAAAGACAGUCACACAAAGCUGAAAUGAAAUGAAUAAAGUAAACAUUCUUCCAAUUGAACUGCAUUUAAUGGAGUGUGGUGUUUGGCCCCGGGUGCCCACUGCUCCUAUUCAGGACAUCCCCAAAUUACAAGUUCUGUGUGUAAGGCUUUGCAAACACUGACAUCAGCAGAAAAAACACUGACAUCAGCAGGACAAAAAAAGCACUGUUUUCCUUUUUGUUUUAAAUGAAUGUACUGUACUGGACAUUGACCCUCAUCAGAUUUCAGCGAUGUGUUGUGUAUUGUGCCGGGCUUCUGAGGGAUCAGGAAAAGCUUGAACUUCUCUGCCAA